UCCAGCAUGUCCGCGCCCGAACCGCUACAUGAAGUAGGGGUGGUGGAUGACAAGCUCCAGACUGACACCUCAAGGUCACCAUCCGACAAAGCGGACGUGCAGUCUACGCAAAAGAAAAAAUGGUAUCGCAGACUCAAUCCGCUGCGAUUGCAAAAGAUACCUCCCGUUCCAACAGAACGAUCUGUGUCGCAUGAACAUGGCGCUUCGUUCUUUAGUGUCAUUUCCUUCCAAUGGAUGUCCCCGUUGAUGAAAGUGGGUUAUCUACGUCCACUCGAAUUGCAGGAUAUCUGGACUGUCAAUCCCGAUCGGGCCGUUGACGUAUUGUCUGGCCGAUUAGACGCCGCAUUGGAAAAGCGCACCGAGAGUGGCAUUAACCGCCCACUUCUUUGGGCGUUGUACGACACGUUCAGAUUUGAAUUUCUGCUCGGCGGCAUCUGUCAGCUUUUCAGUUCGCUGUUGCUGGUCUUUGCGCCGUAUUUGACUCGGUACCUGAUUGCUUUUGCGACGGAGGCCUAUGUCGCACAAAAGGCGGGUCUGCCGGCACCUCACAUUGGCAAGGGUAUGGGAUUUGUCAUUGGUAUCACCUGCAUGCAGGCACUGCAGAGCUUAUGCACGAAUCAGUUCCUGUAUCGGGGCCAAGUUGUCGGUGGGCAGAUUCGCGCGGUGCUUAUUUCUCACAUCUUCAACAAGGCUAUGAAAUUGUCUGGUCGUGCUAAGGCAGGAGGGCAAGCCACCCCAGAAGAAGUCAAAGCCCUGGAGGAAACCAAGGAUGCUCUCCUAAAGCCCGAAGAGAAAGGGAAGCAACAGAAGCCUGAUGCUGCGCUGCCUGCACCUGGUGGCGUUGCAGGUGAUGGCCGUGGAUGGAACAAUGGUCGCAUCACUGCUCUCAUGAGCAUUGACGUGGACCGGAUUAACCUGGCUUGUGGCAUGUUCCAUAUGAUUUGGACAGCACCCAUCUCCAUUAUUGUGACACUCGUCCUUCUAUUGGUCAACAUUGGCUACAGUUGCUUGUCUGGGUACGCACUGCUGAUAAUCGGAAUGCCAUUUUUGACUUUCGCUGUGCGAUCCUUGAUUAGCCGACGACGGAGUAUCAACAAGAUUACAGACCAGCGUGUAUCUCUCACCCAAGAAAUUCUGCAAGCUGUGCGCUUCGUGAAGUUCUUCGGUUGGGAGAGUAGUUUCCUCGGCCGUCUGAAAGAAAUCCGCGGACGAGAAAUUCGAUCCAUCCAGACCCUGCUUGCGAUCCGAAACGGCAUUCUUUGUGUGGCGAUGUCUAUUCCUGUUUUCGCCUCGAUGCUGGCUUUCGUUACCUAUGCGCUAUCAAAUCAUAACUUGGACCCCGCACCGAUUUUCUCUUCGUUGGCGCUGUUCAAUUCCCUACGGAUGCCAUUGAACAUGCUGCCAAUGGUUAUCGGUCAAGUGACCGAUGCUUCGACUGCUUUUAAUCGAAUUCAGGAGUUCUUGCUCGCCGAAGAACAAAAGGAAGAUAUCGAGCGUGAUGAGAACAUGGAAAAUGCAAUCGAGAUGGAACAUGCUUCAUUUACCUGGGAGCGUCUUCCGACAGACGAAAAGGAUGCAGACAAAGCCGAGAAGAAGGCAGUUGCACGCCCUGAGCCAACAGAGAAGUCAACACCUCAAGACGACAACACCGAUGAAACUCCCACAGAGCCAUUUAAACUCAAGGACAUGACCUUUGAAGUUGGCCGACAUGAACUGCUGGCCGUAAUUGGGACAGUCGGUUGUGGCAAGAGUUCCCUACUCUCGGCUCUGGCGGGCGAUAUGCGUGUGACUGAUGGUACUAUACGUCUGAGCACCACACGCUCAUUUUGUCCCCAGUACGCCUGGAUCCAAAACACCACCGUGCGCAACAAUAUUCUAUUUGGGAAGGAGUAUAAUGAGACUUGGUAUGAGCAAGUGAUUGACGCAUGCGCUCUGAACCCAGAUCUCGAGAUCCUACCGAAUGGAGACCAGACCGAGAUUGGAGAACGAGGUAUCACAGUGUCCGGUGGACAGAAACAGCGUUUGAAUAUCGCCCGAGCCAUAUAUUUCAAUGCGGAACUGGUGCUCAUGGAUGAUCCUCUGUCAGCUGUCGAUGCACAUGUCGGUCGUCACAUCAUGGACAAGGCAAUCUGUGGUUUGCUCAAAGAUCGCUGCCGAAUCCUGGCGACGCAUCAACUCCAUGUUCUCAGCCGAUGUGAUCGAAUCAUUGUUAUGGACGAGGGACGGAUCAAUGCGGUUGAUACAUUCGACAACCUCAUGCGCGACAACGAGGUCUUCAAGCGGUUGAUGUCUACUUCUCGACAGGAGGAUAUGCAAGAGGAAGAGGAAGAAGCGGUCGGCGAAGUCGUGGAUGAGAUGGAUGAAAAUGAGCCAAGCCCCAACAAGGCUGCCCCAGCAAAACCCGCCGCAGCCCUGAUGCAGCAAGAAGAAAAGGCCACCGCAUCCGUCGGCUGGAGUGUCUGGAAGGCGUAUAUCCGAGCUUCCGGCAGUUAUCUCAAUGCCAUCAUGGUAUUCAUCUUGCUCGGCCUUACGAAUGUCGCCAACAUUUGGACUAGUCUGUGGCUGUCCUACUGGACUUCUGACAAGUACCCGGGGCUGUCGACCGGUCAAUACAUUGGAAUUUAUGCUGGACUGGGUGUCAGUGUUGUUCUUCUGAUGUUCGCUUUCUCGACAUAUAUGACCACCUGCGGUACCAAUGCUAGCAAGACUAUGCUUCAGCGUGCGAUGUCUCGCGUGCUCCGCGCGCCUAUGAGUUUCUUCGAUACUACGCCGCUUGGACGAAUCACCAAUCGCUUCUCGAAGGAUAUCCAGGUGAUGGAUAAUGAACUUUCCGAUGCGAUGCGUAUUUAUGCCCUGACGAUGACUAUGAUUAUCUCUGUGAUGGUCUUGGUUAUAGUGUUCUUCUAUUAUUUCGUCAUCGCACUUGUCCCGCUAUUCAUAUUGUUCCUCCUAGCUUCGAACUAUUACAGAGCAUCCGCCCGCGAGAUGAAGCGCCACGAGAGCGUCUUGCGCUCAAUGGUGUAUGCCAGAUUCGGCGAAGCCAUCACGGGAAUCGCAUGCAUUCGAGCAUAUGGCGUAGAGAACCAAUUCCGUCGCACCAUCCGAGACUCGAUCGAUGUGAUGAACGGGGCCUAUUUCCUCACUUUCUCCAAUCAGCGUUGGCUCAGUGUUCGACUCGAUGCCGUGGCAACCGUAUUAGUCUUCGUGGUCGGUGUUCUGGUGGUCACUUCUCGGUUCAAUGUCUCUCCUAGUAUCUCUGGGCUGGUGCUGUCUUAUAUCUUGGCUAUCGCACAGAUGCUCCAGUUCACAGUUCGUCAGCUGGCCGAGGUUGAGAACAACAUGAACGCCACGGAGCGUGUUCACUACUACGGUACUCAAUUGGAAGAGGAGGCGCCUUUGCACCAGGUUGAGGUGUCAGCUAGCUGGCCCGAGAAGGGCCACAUUGAGUUCAACAGCGUGGAGAUGCGCUACCGCGCUGGGCUUCCACUCGUCCUACAGGGCCUCACCCUGGACGUGCGAGGAGGCGAGCGCAUUGGUAUUGUCGGCCGCACCGGUGCCGGCAAAUCGAGUAUCAUGUCCGCGCUAUUCCGUCUAACCGAGCUAUCAGGCGGUAGCAUCAAAAUUGACGACAUCGACAUUUCCACCGUCGGCCUCCACGAUCUUCGAUCCCGCCUUGCCAUCAUCCCCCAAGACCCAGCCUUAUUUAAGGGCACGAUCCGCUCGAAUCUCGAUCCGUUCAACGAGCACAAUGAUCUCGAACUCUGGUCUGCGCUGCGCAAGGCAUACCUCAUCGGCCAAGAGCAAGAACUCGAAGGCGAGGAAAGCGGGCCAGCUAGUGGAGCCACAACCCCAGUCACAGGCAGUGAUGUGAAAGCGCGCCCGACAAACAAACUCACCCUCGAAUCGCCUGUUGAUGACGAAGGCCUGAACUUUUCCCUAGGCCAGCGGCAACUGAUGGCUCUCGCCCGGGCGCUGGUCCGAGACGCACGUAUCAUCGUCUGCGACGAAGCUACCUCUUCUGUUGACUUCGAGACAGACCAAAAGAUCCAGUACACUAUGGCCCAGGGCUUCGAGGGGAAGACUUUGUUGUGUAUUGCGCAUCGCUUGCGCACGAUCAUCCACUACGAUCGCAUCUGCGUUAUGGAUAAGGGUCGGAUUGCUGAGAUGGAUGCACCAGUUGUGCUCUGGGAUAAGGCAGAUAGCAUCUUCCGUGCCAUGUGUGAGCGCAGUGGGAUCACGCGCGAGGACAUUCUCAGCACUGACUGA